AUGGCGGUCACCACGAUCUCAGGCUUUUCGGGCCCGCCCACCGCCAGCCAGACCUUCGGUACGUUGCGCCUCCCCGACCCCAACGCGCGCGUCCGCCGCCGCCGGCGCAGAUCGCGCUCCCCGACCCCGCAGCGCGUGCCCGACUCGGAUACACGCACGCUCAGGCCGAAGGAGAACGGCACGGUGCGCGUGACGGGCUACGACGCGUACGCGACGACCGCGAUCAGGACCGCGACCGCGACCGCGGCGGGCGAGGACGUCCUCGCGCUCCCGUGGGCGGGCGGCGACUCUGUGAUAUCGCUCAUGAAACGGAUAGAGGACCUGCUCUGCAUCCCACUCAUGUACUGGCGACUCGCGUGCGACGGCGAGGUGCUCGACCCCACCGCGUCGACGAUCACGCACCCGCACUUCCUCAACGGCCCGAUCGUAGACCUCGUCCUUGUGCCUCUCGGUGCGUUGGAACAGUUCGCGGACGAUCACAAGCCCGCGACGACGCCGCGGCUAGCUUCGCAAGCCCCCGAGGUGGCGGCGAGUUCGAUGAACAUCGCGGAAGCGCGCGGUGCGCAGGACGGCUGGUCCUCGCUAACGCUGACGGAGGCUCCUCGCGAUGGAGGCCACCGGUAG